AUGGCUGAGAUUGCACUUAGUUUCAGAGAGCAGGGAGGACCAACGACAAGGCGAGGCUAUACUUUUGAAAAGUUUACGAAGAUGAAUCCUCCGACCUUUUUAGGAGGAUCCGAUGCUGCAGUGGCUGAGAAUUGGAAGCAGGAGAUUGAGAAAAUGUUGAUGGUCCUCCAUUGCACCAAUGAACAGAUGGUACUUUAUGCUGCUUAUAAACAUACAGGUGAGGCUGAAAGGUGGUGGACAACUACGAGAUUACUGGAGGAACAGAGACAGGUACUAGUAGCUAUGACCUGGUGUCGAUUUAAAGAAAUCUUCUUUGUUUUCUAUUUUCCAGCCAUUGUUAGGAAGGCGAAGGUAGCAAAAUUUCUAGGAUUGACUAAGGGAAAUCUUACAGUCCAGCAGUACGCAGUGAAGUUUAUUGAGCUCUCAUGCUUCGCCCCUUAUAUUGUUCCAGAUGAGGUGAAAAAGGUUAGGAUGCUUGAGAGGGGUUUGAGAUGGGAUAUUUAUAAACAUAUGGUGGUUUUAAAGCUGCAGGAUUUCUCUGAGCUGGUUGAUAGGGCCACUAUGGAAGAAGAGAGGGAGCAGAAAGAUGCAGAAGCAUCGAGCCAAAGGGAUGUGGGGACUUCGAGUCAGAGAAAGAGGCCUGAAUCUUCAGGAUUUCAGACGAGUUCUAGACGAGGUCGUUGGAGAGGAGAUACAUCUAGCAGAGGUGGGAGACAGGAGGGAGGAGAUCACAGGUAUUGGGGUGAGUAG